CAUUCCGUGAAUUUUUCCGCGCUCUCGUCAUGUAACUCGUGUGAUUGCCGCCGGUGACUCAUGUGCGUAGUGAUUUCGUCCGGGCCUUUAUCAUCGCCGUCCGUUCAUGUUAUAAUUCACUAUAUUAUCAUACUGCCAUACCGUGUGCCGUCGGUCGUUUAUCGUCCGAUUUCACUUCUAUGGUUUUUUUUUUUUUGAUUCGCCGCCAGCUUAUACUCCGUCCAUAAUUCGGCUGCUGGCCGCUCUCUUGUCUACAUAAUCGAUUCCGCGUACACAAGUGUUCGAUCGAAUCCGCCACAUCGACUGCUAGCAAUCGUGAUCGAUUUUUCACGUCGUCUAACUCAGCUACACUCCGACAAAAAUGAUACUGAAAAAUGAGAUUUGUAAGUAUAUAACGCGAACACCAACGUAUAAUAAUAAUGAUAACGAGUAUUAUAAGUACCGUUGUACUUAUCCGACGAGCACCUAGGUAUAGGUGUAGUCGAAAUUCGGAUUAAUUUUAUUCUCGAGGCCGAAUUUCGAAACACAGAAAAUCAACCACAUUAAUUAACAUACCUACCUAACUACCACCUAUAUUUGUUACAAUCAUUAUUCUCUCUGAAUAUUUUUUUAUACGUCCCUGGACCCCGAUCUUGAAUAUUGCUAAUAUUGGUAGGUAUUACCUGCUGGUAGGCAGGAUUAUUGGAGACAACAAACUGUCUCAUUUUUAUGGCUUAUGUUUUUGGUUUGAUAAUAUCUAGGCAUUUUUUCCCCGUAUUCAUUUUUAUGAAUUAUUAAACAAUAGUGCUUCGGCCUGUACUAAAUAAUUAAAUACAAAUAAGAAAAUUCAAAAUAGGUAGCUACUUGCCUACAAAAUUGUAAUAAUUUUUUUCAAUCAAGUCUUAUUUAUAUUUUGAAACCUUAUUACUUACUCUGAAAAUCUUCCUAAUCGGUGCUAACUAUCAAUAAUCAGGUUUAUCUACAUAAUAAAAGUUUUACAAAUACACACAUUAGAAUUUUGUCGCAAUAGAUCAAAUUUAAAUUUUUUAUAUUAUGCAAUAUUAAAUGGAUCACACUAUAACAUCUCCUUUCUGCCAUAGGUAACUCAUUCAGUUGAUUAUAGAAAUCAUUCCCAAUGUUAUUUAUCUUGUCGUAAGACAUGGGCAUUUAUAUUACUGGUAUUUUAUUUUUUUUUGUACCUACUUUUAAGCUUUUGAUAGUUUUAUCUAAAAGUAUACACAUUUUUUGCAUGGAUUUUACCUGAGUUUUGUGUAGAUUCAACACCUACAUCAAUAUAUGAUAGGUAAUUUAUGAGGUAUGACUGUACUUUGAAAAGUAGAUUCAAGUAUAUUCUUUAUCAAAAAAUGUACAUUUUUUUUUUUGAAAACGAACAGCUAGGUGCCUAUUUAAUCUUAAAAUAACAGAUUACAAUAAAACAAUACUUAGUUAGGUACAUGGUACUUUGGCGAUUAAGAAGGUUUUACAGAUUUAGAUAAAAAUGUAGUAGGUAUAUGCAUUUCUGUAUGUAUAUGUACCUACCUAUAUUUUUAUCUAAAUCUGUAAAAUUUCCAAUGUUAUAUUAAUUAUAAUAAGACUUAAAAUACCUACAUAAUUAUAUAUUCUGUACCAUAAAUGAUAGCUUAAUUUCAUUUGUAGUUAUGGAGUUCCCAGAUAGUAAUUAUUUAUUAUAAAUAUUAUCUGCCAAUAUCUUUCAUUUAAUUUGGAUAGGUACUAUAAAUUUGAAUAGUCAUACAAAUUCAAUUACUUUGAUAAUUUACAUACCUACCUAUCGAAAUAUAAAAAAAAUGUUGCAUAUACUUUUUAAUUGUAUUCCAACCUAGAAAACCAUCUAUCAGUAAAAUAUUUGAUUUUCAUGGACUCUUGGAUUUUUUUUAUAUUUUGUUAUGAAUUUAUAAAUUUGGUUUUAAUAGGGUUGUUCUUGAAAAAAAUAUGAAUAUGUAAUUGUUUUAUUGGUUUGUAAUUAAUAUCAAAUUUUUAAUAGUAUCUACACAUUUAAUAUAAUUUUCACAAUGCAAUCAUUAAAUUAAUCUACUAAAUAACAGAAUAUGACAAAAAUAGAUGGAAUUACCUAUCUACAUAAUGUUGUAUUCGAUAAUUCAUUCCUCACAUGUACACGUAUACAAAUAUAAUUGAUAUAAAACCAAAAAUCAUAAUUUUACAAAUAGUAAUAGGUAAAAAUCUAUGAUUUCAUAAUGAAAUAAUAUAUUAAAAAAUGUAUGGUUAUCCGUACAAAUCAUGAACAUUUGACCGAUGUAGGUUUUUCGAUAUUUUGACAUUUUUUUCUCAGACCAAUAAAACCACACGUCAACCUAAAAAUAUGUUAAACAAAAUAUUGUAGUAAAUAAUGUGAUAAAUAAUUUUAUGCACAACUAAAAUUAUGUUUUUCGUAUUUUUUUUCAGGUCUUGCAUAAAUCAGCAUAUUAAAAUGUUCAAUUUGUAUGUUAACAAAUUGUAUUUGAGUAAAAUUGAAAUUUCAUUAAUCAAGCAUGGACUGUGUGGAUGUGCAUCGUGUUUCACCAGUUUCAUUAUUGCCUAGACGUUUAAAUUUCAACGACUCCGGUGAAGCUUCGCCAGCUGUUAUUUCUACUGACCAAAAUGAAUCACCCAAAACUCCACCUAAUUAUGUACCUUAUAAAGCACCCUUGACACCUGUUUCCCGAAAAUGUAGACCUACUAUUCCUUUAAGAUUUGCUGAACAUUUGGCUUCACCUAUAAAAUCAAAUUCACCACAGAAAGAAGAAUUAUGUUAUUCUCCUCCUAUAAAGCGGAUUCGUCUGCUUAAACUUGAAGAAGGUUUACUAGGUCGAUCCCAACCCGCUAAAAAAUGUGCCAAGCCACAAGAAAAUAUGAUAAAUGUAUGUCAAUCAUUUAAUGAUGAAACUAAAUUAUUCAAAACAAACAAAUUUAGCAUAAAUCCAUUUUCUCCUGUAGCAACAGACUUACGAUCAAAAUGGAUGAGCAACUACAGUAACAACAAUAAUAACAAUAACGAAAUUUCAAAAUCAGAUAACUGGUCUAAAGAUUUAACAAAUGUGGAGCUUUCUGAUCUCAAUGUAACUAGGUAUUUUAAAGAAUUCAAAGUAGAAGAUCUGAUUGGCAAGGGAGAUUUUGGCGAAGUAUAUAAGUGUAUUAAUAUGUUAGAAGGAAUUCCAUAUGCUAUUAAAAAGACACUUAAAAAAGUUGUUGGAACUAAGCGUGAAAAUUAUGCUCGUAAAGAAGUCUAUGCCAAUGCUGCUUUAUUUAGUCAUCCGAAUAUAGUUGCUUAUCACUCUGCAUGGAAUGAAAGUAAUUCAGUUUUCAUACAAUUAGAAUAUUGUGAUGGCGGCAAUUUAGAUGAAAUGAUAUUUUCAAAACGCCAUAAUUUCAGUGAUGCUAGUAUUGAGCGUUUAUUAUCUCAUCUAUCUAGUGGCCUCCAUUAUAUGCACACAUCUAAAAUAGUUCACUUGGACAUAAAACCUGCAAAUAUCAUGAUUAGUCAUUCUACAUAUGUGAAAGAAGAUAUAGAUAAAGUUGACAAAGACAUUAUUUACAAAAUAGGUGAUCUUGGUCAUGUAGCGCAUGUUGACAAUUUAAGUGAUGUGGAAGACGGUGAUGGUCGAUAUUUACCAAAAGAAAUGCUAAGUGGAAAAUACGAUAGCUCAACAAUUAUGAAAGUCGAUAUAUUUUCAUUAGGAAUGACAGCGUACGAAGCAGUUUCAGGUUUAAGAUUACCAAGUGAUGGGCCAGAAUGGCAUUUUUUAAGAGAUGGAUUUGUACCAGAUAUUGAUGGUUUUCGAUUAAGUAUACUUUUAUCUACUAUGAUUGAUCCAAAUCCUCUUAAUCGACCAAAUGCUAUUGAUGUAUAUAAAAAUGUUACGCCAAAAGUAUCAGAACUAAAUGAACUCUGUACUUUGCAAUUCAAAAGAGAAUACUUAGACAGUUGUACGAAAACACGAGCAACACAAUCUUCACCAACUAACAGAAUGAACACUACUACUUCUAAGAGAACCCCAAUUGCUUUAAGCACAUGGCAUAAAAGGCGUCUAGUUGGGCAAAAAUCUCAACGUUACUAUUCAUUUUGAAAGUACAAUUAUUGAACUUACCUUACUCUGUUUUUCCUUUGUGUAAAUUGUAACUUGAACUCUGUGAUGAUAAUUAUAGUUUUUUUUUUUUUUUUUUUUAUGUAAAGGGUCUCAAAUAAUUUUUAUAAAAAAGAAAGUCUGUGAAUUUUUUUAUUGUAUACGUUUUACGAAAAAUGUGAUUUUUCUUAGUUACACUAAUUACAAGUUAUAACAUUAGUUGUUAGUAGCAUGAUAAUUAUUCUUCAUCACAGCAUUCUUUAUUACUAUAAUUUAAGUUCUAUUAUUUUUAUAUAUUGUGCAUACAAAAAGAAAUGUUCAAAUUAUCAUACUGCUGCUAAAAUUAAUUUCGACCUGCAAUAAUUAUUUAAUUACUAACUCCAUUAUUCAAAAUAAAAUUGUUUUACAAUUCAAGAACAAGAAUGAAUUAAAUAUGUUUUUUUAUCGGGUCAUCUAUUAUUUGAAAAGAGACUUCGUGUUAUUUGUAUUUUUUACUAAACUUUAAAUUAAUAAUAUGGUAAAUCUUAGUUAACUUAAUAAAUAUUACAACAUUCAUUUUUAAUACGUUAUAUUUUAAUAUUAAAGAAUUAAAAUUUAACGUCCAUGUUAUGUUGUAUUGUGCUAUAUAUAAAUAUAUAUAUAUAUAUUUAUAUAUAUUUGUUUUAAACUAAUUAAUUGACAAUUUUAAUUGCUGGUCGAAAUCAUUUUUAACAUAUAAUUUGUUUUUGGUAUUACUAUUUUAUUGAUUUUUGUUCAUUAAAACUGUAAUUUUAUUAUUAUUUAACUAAUUAAUAAAUUGAAUAAUAAAGUUAUCAAACAAGAAUCUUUCCUGUAUUGGUAUAAUUUUUAAAUGAAAUAAUUUUCAAUUUAUGUUCAUUUGUAUAUCAAUAUUAUCCUUUUACUAAACAAACUUACAGAGUAUUAGAAUUAAAUAUUUAAUUUGUAUUUUAAGUUUUACCAUAAUACCAUGUUAUUUUUUUUAACUCAAAUGCAAAUGUUAAUACUAGGGUAAAUAUUUUAAAAAUAAUAUCUUGUACUCUAUUAUUGUUAUUAUCUAACAACAAUCGUUUUAAUGCGUUUAAGUUUAUGUUACAUUGUCUGUUUAUUAAACAUUAUAAUUUAUUAGUUGAAUGAAGUUAUUGAUAUGUUGAAGAUGUUCUCAUGUUCUUUUUUAAUUAUAAGCUAUUUUUGUGUAACAAUAC